AUGGAAAAAUCUCAGUCCAGACAGAAAUAUAACACAAAGGUGCCUCAGCAUGAAGGUCAAAAACACUUGGACACUACCUACAAAACAAGGACACAUAUGAAGGUGGAGCUGAAUAAGCACACAGGCAAGCAAAAGAAGCACUUGAAGCUAAGUAACUUCCCAGGAAUAUCAACUGAACACAGAAAAAAGACUCUUUACCCGACACAGUCACUUAAAAGGGAGAAUUUGUUCCAAAAUUUCACAAAUCUACUACUCUUCCAAAAAUUGUGUACAAGAGGCUCAGAGAACUUGGUCAGGAAAAGCUGGCAUCCUUGUGUACCAGAAGAAGGAGGACAUAUGAUUGAGAUCCAAGACUUAUUUGGCCCAAACAUAGGUAUCCAAAAAGGGCCUCAAUUAGUCAUAAUAGAGGGGGCUGCUGGAGUUGGGAAGUCAGUGCUGGCCAUGCAGGUGAGGAGAGCCUGGAAGGAAGGUCAGCUCUACAGGGAUCGCUUCCAGCAUGUCUUCUUCUUCAGCUGCAGAGAGCUGGCCCAGGGCAAGCAGCUGAGUCUGGCUGAGCUCAUAGCACAAGGCCAGGAAGUGCCUAUAUCUCCCAUCAUUCAGAUCCUGUCUCACCCCGAGAAGCUGCUCUUCAUCCUGGAUGGCAUAGAUGAGCCAGCAUGGUUCUUGGAGGAGCAGAAUACUGAGUUAUGUUUGCACUGGAGUCAAGUUCAGCCUGUGCACACACUGCUAGGAAGUUUGCUGGGGAAAUCCAUCCUUCCUGAGGCUUCCUUCCUACUCACAGCUCGGACAACAGAUAUACAGAACUUCAUUCCCUCCUUGGGGCAUCCAUGUCAGAUAGAAGUGCUAGGAUUCAUUGAGUUUGAACGGGUAGAAUAUUUCUACACAUAUUUUGCAUCUCUCUCAGAUGCAAUUACUGCUUUUGAAUUGGUUGGAUCUAACCCAGUGCUCCUGACCCUGUGUGAGGUCCCCUGGGUGUGCUGGCUGGUCUGCACUUGCCUAAAAAAGCAGACGGAUCAAGGUGGAGACCUCUUACUGACCUCACAGACCACCACAGCUCUCUGCCUGAAAUACCUUUCCCUGAUAAUCCCAGGUAAGCACAUGGGGACACAGCUCAGAGCCCUUUGCUCACUGGCUGCUCAGGGGAUCUGCCAAAGAAGGACCCUGUUCAGUGAAAGCGACCUCCGUAACCAAGGGUUUGCAGAGGAUGCCAUUGUCACUUUCCUGGAGAUUGGUGUUCUUCAAAAGCAGACCAGCACUCUGAGAUACAGCUUUGUCCAUUUGUGUUUCCAGGAGUUCUUUGCAGCGAUUUCCUACAUCUUGGAGGAUAGUGAGGAAAAACAUGGUGAUAUGGAAGAUGACAGAAUUGUGGAAACCUUGGUAGAACGAUAUGGAAGUCAGAACCUGUUUGAGACACCCACUGUGCGCUUUCUAUUUGGUCUUUUGAGUAAAGAGGGAUUGAAAGAAAUGGAAAAGUUCUUUUCAUGCAGCCUUCCUGGGAAGACAAAGUUGAAGCUGCUAAGGCACAUCCUAGCAAAAUCCCAACCCUAUCAACCACCAUGUCUGGGUUUGCUCCACUGUCUGUAUGAAAAUCAGGAAAAGGAGCUCCUGACACAUGUGAUGCAUGAUCUUCAAGGAACAAUAGUGCCUGGCCCAAAUGACAUUGCACACACAGUGUUCCAGACAAAGGAGAAGCACCUGGUGAUACAGACAGACAUGGAGCUCAUGGUGGUCACUUUCUGCAUUCAGUUCUGCUGUCAUGUGAGGAGUCUCCAGCUGAAAAGGAAAGGACAGCAUGAACAUAAGUUAACAGCUCCAAGGGUGGUCCUGUGCAGAUGGACCCCAAUCACUGAUGCCAGUUGGAAGAUUCUCUUCUACAAUCUAAAAUUUACCAGAAAUCUGGAGGAGCUGGACCUCAGUGGGAAUCCACUGAGCUACUCUGCAGUGCAAAGUCUCUGUACAACUCUGAGCCUUCCUGACUGUCAAUUAAAGACCUUGUGGCUUGUUGAAUGUGGCCUCACAACCACAUACUGUUCACUCCUGGCCUCAGUGCUCAGUGUCAACUCAAGCCUGACUGAGCUAGACCUGCAGCUGAAUGACCUGGGUGAUGAUGGUGUAAGACUGUUGUGUGACGGGCUCAGGAAUCCUGCCUGCAACCUCAGCAUCCUGUGGCUGGACCAGGCCUCUCUUAGUGACCAAGUGAUUACAGAGCUCAGGACCCUGGAGGCAAGGAAUCCAAAGUUGCUCAUCUCCAGCACAUGGAAACCACAUGUGAUGGUCCCUACUAAGAACAUGGAUAAAGAAGAAGUGGGUGAUAGCCCAACCUCAUUCAAGAAGAAGACACAAGAGUCAGGAGACAAACCCCUGGAAUCUCUGGGGACUGAGGAUGACUUCUGGGGACCUAUGGGACCUGUGGCUACUGAGGUGGUUGACAGAGAGAGGAACAUGUACAGAGUUCAAUUGCCCAUGGCUGGUUCCUACCACUGUCCCAGCACAGGACUCCAUAUUGUGGUGACAAGGGCAGUGACAAUUGAGAUUGAAUUCUGUGCCUGGAGCCAAUACCUGAACAAGACUCCCUUGCAACACAGUCACAUGGUGGUUGGACCUCUGUUUGACAUCAAGGCUGAGCAAGGAGCUGUGACUGCAGUGUACCUCCCUCAUUUUGUGGCUCUCCAAGAUGGAAUGGUGGACAGCUCCUUGUUCCAUGUUGCCCACUUUCAAGAAUAUGGAAUGGUCCUAGAAAGCCCAGCAAGGGUGGAACGGCAUUAUGCAGUACUGGAAAGCCCAAGCUUCUCCCCAAUAGGAGUUCUACUAAGAAUGUUUCCUGCUGUCAGACAACUCAUCCCUAUCACUUCAAUCACACUGAUCUACUAUCACCUCUAUCUCAAGGACGUCACCUUUCACCUUUACCUGGUCCCCAAUGACUGCACUAUUCGGAAGGCCAUUGAUGAUGAAGAAAUGAAGUUUCAGUUUGUGCGCAUAAACAAGCCACCCCCAGUGGAUGCUCUUUAUGUUGGUUCCCGCUAUAUCGUGUCUGGCUCCAAAAAGGUGGAAAUUAUGCCAAAGGAACUGGAGCUCUGCUACCGAAGCCCUGAGGAAUCUCAGCUCUUCUCUGAGAUCUACAUUGGACACAUGGAUUCAGAGAUUAUGUUGCAAAUUAGAGACAAGAGGCAUAUGAAUCUCGUAUGGGAGGCCUUGCUGAAACCAGGAGACAUCAGACAAGCACUAUUCAAAGUUUCUCCAGCCCCCAAAGAUGCUCCUUCCUUGCUACACUUCAUGGACCAGCAUCGGGAGCAGUUGGUGGCCCGAGUGACAUCAGUGGAUCCUCUCUUGGACAAGCUUCAUAAUCUGGUGCUGAGUGAAGACUCCUAUGAGGCAGUGCGGGCUGAGACUACAAACCAAGACAAGAUGAGGAAGCUCUUCAGCUUCAGCCGAUCCUGGAGUCAAGCCUGCAAAGACCAAUUCUACCAAGCUCUGAAGGAGACCCAUCCUCACCUGGUCAUGGACCUCUCUGAGGAGUAA